AUGUCUUACAAACCUUCUGUCGCAGUUAUUGGUAGUGCAGGUUUCAUUGGGGGCCCCUUAGUCGAAGCCUUUAGCAGACCUGAUUUAAAAGAUAAACUUCAAUUCCCAGUUAAGGAUAAAACCAGUACUUCUACUAUCAAGUACGUCGAAGCAGAACUUUCCGAAUCCAAUGUUGCUAAGGUUGUUGAAGAAUUGAAAGGAUCGGAUGUGAUUGUUUCGUUGCUUCCUCCAAGUCCUGACACCAUUUCAGUUCUUGAAAGCACUUUGAAGCAAGUCAAGCCAAAAGUUUAUAUCCCAUCGCAAUUCGGGUCUGAUAUCCGUCCUGCUCAAAAGAAUUUACCUGGUUUCUUGAAAAUCAAGAUCGACCAUUCCGAUAAUGUUAGAUCCUUUGGGGUUAAGGUUGUUGAAGUGGUUAACUCUUUCUUUAUUGGUGAAGGCCACUUUUUAACCGAAAUUGUUGGCCAUGUUGGUAUCGAUGCCAACACCAAGACAGUCACCUAUGCUGGUUCUCCACAAACUAAGAUUGCUAUUUCCUACCUUCCAGAUGUUGGUAAUGCCGUUGCUAGUUUAACUAGUAUUGAACCUUCCAAACUCCCCGACACGGUGAGAAUUGAAUCUGACGAAGUCACUUACGAAGACAUUGCUAAGAAAUACGAAAAAGACCACGGGCUCACUUUGCAAGUGAAGAAUAUAACUGCUGAAGAGUUGCUUAAGAAGGCCAACGACAGAAUCCAAACUGCGAAAGAAUUCAGUCUCGAAGACUUUUUGUUAUACUUGUGGGCAGUUUCUGUUGGUGGCCGUGACUACGGUAACUCCUACUCCAAGAACGACGAUGACUUGGUCAACCCUGGUGGAAAGUUAUUCAAAUGGACUAAAUUCCAUUAA